UCCGCUGCGCAUAGUCGAAACGGAAGGAAAAUCGCUUUAAUUCCCUGUAAUCUGGUUUGCGUGUUGAACUCGAGUUUUCAGUUCGUUGUUAUCUGUUCAAUUUCACUUGGAUGUGCAAUUGCCGACGCUAAAAAUACAUACGUAACGCGUGCAAGAAAUAGAGUGUAUCGCCCGACGCUCAAUUAAAUUACAAAAAAUUAUUUAAACAUAUAGAAACGCCACGUUCUCGCGUUCUAACAAACUCUCCGCCAAUAAAAAACACACUCAAGCAGCACACAUUACAUAUACUCGACCACGCUGUAUAAUUACUUACUUGCCGCUGAUAUUUCCAACACGCCGCAUAGCAACAAUAACCAUAUCAAACAUUUCGAUGAUCUGAAGUCAUACAAGUUUUUGCAUCGAAAUAUAAGUGUGUGUUCGGUUCCCAUUCGCCGCCAAUCAAACCAAUCGCAUAGAGAGUGUAAUCCGGAAAAAGUUAUACACACCCAACCCUGCGCCUUUUCAAUGUAGCCCUUCAUGGAUAAUUAACACGAGAGCGUUGUGUGACUAUAUAGCAAAAUCGUGUUAAAAUCGUGUUCGCAGUGGCUGAAUUUAGCAGCGAUCCAACGAAUAGUGUCGUCUUGAAACUAAAACCCCCCUGCGAAUUUCUCUUAUUUGUCGGCGCGGAAUUUGCCUGAGUCACGAGCCAUUUCGAUUUUCCGUUCUUCAAAUGGGUUGACUUGUGAUAUUGCUGCUUCCUGGACCCGGGAAACAAAAGGGAUACAAAUUGAACCUCAAAAGACAUAGCCAAGCUCCAAUAAACGCAUCGCCAAACCACCGCAGUCAUUUAAAGUCAAUAGUUAGCACGAAUAUAACCACCUGGAAACCGUUGGAAUCUCUGCUUGAAAGCAGCGCACCACCCAUGAACCAAUUGGCCAAGGCGCUCAACAGCGUGGCCACCGAGAUCAGCACCUCCUGCUCCUCCAGAACCUUCACCAUCCAUCCACAGAACCACCUGCACACUGGCCACCUGAUUGCCCACCGUCUUGGACACUCCUACGCCGCUCGUGCCGAUCACAAUUAUCUGGGAUAAGUCCUGCAAUUGGAAUCUGACUGGUGGAACACUGAUUCUAGGAUCGUUUCUCGAGAGGAUUUUUCAUAUUUGCAUCGUAGCAGCUUCACGACGGCCGGCACAAUGUUAAAAGUCGUUGGUGCAUCGUGGCAAAAAACGCGGAUAGGGACCUACAUCCUGAUCGGUGCUGGUCUCUUGGUCAUCGGAGCCUUCUUCAUUGGAUAUAUGGAGAGGCCGGAGUACGAUGGCACCUACUGUGCCACCGCUCUGUGGACCAAGCAGGUGGGCUUCCAGAUUGAAAACUGGAAGCAGCAGAACGAUCUGGUCAACAUUCCCACUGGUGUUGGCAGGAUUUGCUACAAGGAUUCGGUUUAUGAGAAUGGAUGGGCCCAAAUCGAAGUAGAGACGCAAAGAACUUAUCCGGAUUGGGUGCAGGCCUAUGCCGCCGGAAUGCUGGAGGGCUCGCUGACCUGGAGGAACAUCUACUAUCAGUGGUCCAAUACCAUUUCCUCUUCUUGCGAGCGUGAUGAAAGCACCCAGAAAUUCUGCGGGUGGCUGAGGGAACUUUUGACCACCAACUACCAUCGCCUGAAGAGGCAGACUGAAAAGGCUGAGAAUGAUCACUACUGGCAUCAGCUGCAUCUGUUCAUCACCCAGCUGGAGGGCCUGGAAACUGGCUACAAGCGAGGAGCAUCCCGGGCACGAUCCGACUUGGAGGAGGAGAUACCAUUUUCCGAUUUUUUGGUGAUGAACGCCGCUGCCGAUAUUCAGGAUCUCAAGAUCUACUACGAGAACUAUGAGCUGCAGAAUAAUACGGAACAUACUGAGGAACCCGGAACGGAUCAGCCAAAGAACUUCUUCCUGCCGAGUGCCACCAUGCUGACGAAGAUCGUCCAGGAGGAGGAGUCGCCGCAGGUACUACAGUUGCUCUUCGGUCACAGCACGGCUGGAAGUUACUCCUCCAUGUUGAGAAUCCAGAAGCGGUACAAGUUUCACUAUCACUUCUCGCCGAAACUGCGGAGUAACACGGUGCCUGGUGUGGAUAUCACUUUCACCGGUUAUCCUGGCAUUCUCGGAUCCACCGAUGACUUCUACACCAUCAAAGGUCGUCAUCUGCAUGCAAUCGUAGGAGGAGUGGGCAUCAAGAACGAGAAUAUGCAGCUAUGGAAGACGGUGGAUCCCAAGAAGAUGGUGCCCUUGGUGGCUCGUGUAAUGGCCGCCAAUCGGAUAUCCCAGAAUCGUCAGACUUGGGCCAGUGCCAUGUCGUGGCAUCCAUUUACGGGAGCCAAGCAAUGGAUCACCGUUGAUCUGAACAAGAUGAAGGUGCAAGAUAAUCUGUACAAUGUCCUUGAAGGCGAUGACAAGCAUGACGAUGCUCCAGUGGUGGUGAACGAAAAGGAUAGGACAGCCAUCCAGCAGAGGCACGAUCAGCUAAGGGAUAUGGUUUGGAUUGCCGAGCAGCUGCCGGGCAUGAUGACCAAGAAGGAUGUUACUCAGGGAUUCCUGGUGCCCGGCAACACGUCCUGGAUGGCCAAUGGAAUGCCGUAUUUCAAAAGUGUCCUGGAACUGAGCGGCGUCAACUACAGCGAGGAUCAACAGCUGACGGCGGCCGAUGAGGAGGAGCUGACCAGUCUGGCGUCGGUGGAUAAGUAUCUGCGCACUCAUGGAUUCCGUGGCGAUCUGCUGGGCAGGCAGGAGUCGAUUGCCUAUGGAAACAUAGAUCUGAAAUUGUUCUCCUACAAUGCCCGACUGGGCAUCAGCGAUUUCCAUGCCUUUGCGGGUCCAGUCUUCCUGAGAUUCCAACAUACUCAGCCUAGGACUCUGGACGAUGAGGGCCAGGAUGGUGGUGUUCCACCCGCCGCCUCCAUGGGCGACGAACGUCUCAGUGUCAGCAUCGAGGAUGCGGAUAGUCUGGCGGAAAUGGAACUAAUCACGGAACGGCGAUCUGUGCGAAAUGAUAUGAGGGCCAUUGCCAUGCGAAAGAUCGGCAGCGGACCCUUCAAGUGGUCAGAGAUGAGUCCCGUGGAGGAGGGUGGUGGCCAUGAGGGGCAUCCUGAUGAGUGGAACUUUGACAAGGUCUCGCCCAAGUGGGCGUGGUAGGCGCUGAGGAGCAGGCUUCUUCUUUUAACCCGUAGAACCCAAUCGAAUUUGUACCCAAAACCCACCUCCAUCCAUUUUGAUAACUGGAAAGCAAUAAUUUUCCUAGAUUCGGUAAUUAGUAUCCUGUCUUGUCUCGUAUAAUUUGUGUGUUCCUAGUUGGUACAUAUCUUACGUCCAUAGUCUUCUAGUGUCUACUGUACUUAUGUAUGAAUGCGUGUCCAAUCGAUUGUUGUCUUCCAGCUGUACAGCUUUUUAUUUUCCGUAGGUCUUUUGUAAAUUAGCAACGAAA